AUGAGUACAUCAGGACUUAAAGAUUUAACUUCGAUUCUCAAAACUUAUUUUUCACCUAUCCGAUCAUCAAAACAUGGAAGACGAACUGGUUCAAAUCGAGAUAGCAAUGUGUUGAUUAGUAGAGAAGAGGAUUUGAUGUCAAAAGCUGAGUUGUUAGUCACUCAACUUGGACAGGAUGAACCCAAUCAAAUCAUUAAUGUUAGUCAUGGAUCAAGUGGUAAUACCGUUGGUGUGACUAUAACUUCAACUGAGCAAGCCUUACGAGAAAAGACGAUGAAAGGAUUGAUGGGAUCGUUAAUGGAACUUGGACAAGAAUUGAUGAAUGAAACUGAUCAAAUUGAAAAGGAUGAAGACGAAGAUGAACGAUAUAGAUUAUCAUCCACUUUAUUAGUAGUCUUAGAACAACUUUAUACGGAUAAAAGGGCAAGGGAAUUGGUAGUGAAGAAGUUGAAGUUUGAUUUAAUGAAGUUUUGGUGGUCCAAGUUAUUAAGAGCAUGUUUGAUUUAUUAUCCCGAUCAACUUGAAUCACAAGCCAAGUCAGCAUUAGAAAACUUGAUUUAUAAUGAAUUGAUUUUAGAAGAAUCAGAAGCAAAAGCAAAAGAACUCGAAAGAGAACGAGAGGAAUUAGAUCUAGAUAGAUUCAAUCAAAAUGAAAUUCAAAUGGAUGUCAAUUCCAGUUCGAAUUUGAUAAAGAAAGAAAUCGAAAUCAUUAAAUCCAAUGAGGACAUCAAGAUAUCAGAGGAAGUCUUCAAAUUAUACUGCUCAUGUUCAAUGAAAGGUGAUGAUGAUCAUUCCUUGUCAAAACAUCAACCUAGUCAUGAAUCUUUACUUCAAUCGAUCCUUUUAAGAUGGGGAAAGAAGGAACCGAUAGAUUAUUUCAACUUCUUAAAUCCAAAGAUUCAACUUUCAUCGUCGGUCAAUCAUCCUUCCAAUGCAACUCAUCAUCGAUUAAUCGCAUUAACUCUUUUUAUCGAUAUGAUCACCACUUGGCCAUAUGCGAUUCCUAAAAUACUUGAAACUAACCUGAUUCAAACUUUAUUAGAUUGCUUGAUUCGAUCGGAUCUUAACUCUUCUUCAUUUGAUCCUCAACUCAUUCAACUUAUUAUUAGAUCAAUUUUAGUCAUCUUUCCUAGAAGUCCGACUUCUUUUGAUCGAUAUUUGAUUGAAUUAUUAAUCGGAUUUGGACAAUCGGUGAUAUGGCUUAGUAAAGUAUCAGCAGAUGAAAGUUUAAGAUUAUCAGUUUUAGAUUAUUUUAAUUUACUCUAUGGUCUCUUUCCUUUCCACUUUUUACAAUUCUUACAAAGUCCAACUUCAUUCUUGAAAAGCAUUAUUGAACAAAGACAAGAACAACAAAUUGUCUCACCAUUAUCACUUUCACCUUCACCAUCAACUUCAACUCCAACUUCAUCAUUUCAACCUUCUUAUCAGCAUCAUCAAUAUCUCAAUCUCAAACUCGAUCACAAUCUAAUCAAGCAAUUCACUAUCCCACUUUUGAUUCAACACAGACUAUGUCCAGCUCUCAUCGAAUCAAAUUUAUCCACCGAACGCACUCACAUUGCCAACCAACUCAAAUUAUUCGAAUCAGCUGAAUUGAUUCAAAAAUGCGAACAGAACCUGAUCAUCAGUUCAUUAAUCAAUCAUCAACUCUCCAACCCACCACUUGAUUCACUUUCACAGGCUAUCAAACAUACCCUUGGUUUAGAUCCAACACCGAGUCGAACAAGAACAACAUCGUUACCCGCUGAUUUGAAGUCGUCAAAUCACCCAGCAUCUUCGCAGCCUAUCAAACCUAUCAAUCAACUAUGUCAGAGAUCUAAUCAGGAACUCAGGACUCAAACCCUGAUCCUCAAAUCUCAGCUGAAUAUUGAGCUUUACCUUAAGCAACAACAUCUUCAACAAAUGGGAACUCUACACAAGCAAAAUAUCUUGGAAACUGGUUUAGAAGCCGAGAUCUCCAACUUGCAUACAAUCAAUCGAGAGCUAAGAAGGAAGCUAGAAAUUAUAGAACAAGCGGAUUCCAACAAAUUAGAGCAAGAUCUCAAACAUAAGACAAACACAAACAAUUAUCAUCAAUUGAUUAAAGAUCGUACAGCGCGUUACAGGGAAGAGAAAAUCGAACUGAGUGAAGAAAAGAAACAACUCUUGAAUAAGAUCAAUGUGCUUGAGAAUCUACUUGAGUGUCAAAGUAAUGAGUUGAAAAAGGUUGAAACUGAGGCGCAUGGGUUGAGGAAUGAACUGAAAUUGACUGAACCUAAGUUAGAAAGUUUGGAUGAGCUACAGGCAAAGAAUGAAGCAUUGACUAAGGCCUUGUUGACUUGGUAUUUUCUUGCCACUCUCGUUUAUCUUGUAUAUGUAAAACUGACGCCAAAAUUUCUUUUUAUCUACAUUUUCUACGUGAAACAAAGGGAUGAUGAUUUACGAAGGUUCAGAGAAUCACGAAAACAGAUUGAUGUUUUGAGAGGUGAGUGGAAAAAGUUUGAGUCUUUAGCAAAUCGAGCCGAACUCGAUAAUCAAGCACUCAAGCUUCAACUCAAACAACAAUCCGAACAGAACCAACGUCUAGAAGCCUUACUAGAAGCCACGAAAUCCAAAAAUGAACAAGAAAAGACCAAACCAGAUCGAAUUGAUAGAGAAGUGAUUGAGAAUUUGGAAGAAGAAUUAAGGUUAAGUGAAGAAAAGAACUUGAAAUUACAAAUCGAAUUACAUGAUUUGAAAACCCAAAGAAGAGAGUCUAGGGAAGUAGAAGAAGAUCGAUCACCGGACAUCGUUUAA